GUCCAGAGGCCGCACGCGCCGGAUCGUACACGUUGUCCGGGCAAAGCCGUGCCACGGCUUACGAGUGGAGGAGGCCACAGGGCCGACGAGGGCCCUAAAAAAAAAAACACUCGCGAGAACCAAAGCCAUCCGCUCCGCACCGCACCGCACCACAGCAAGCGGCGGCGCAGGUGCGAGCGGAGGAGAGCGGGCCAUAAAAGCGCGCCCUCUCUCGCGGCUUCGAUUCCCAUCUUCGCCACCUCCCCGUCUCUUCUCCUCCGACUCCAAGAGAAGGAAGAACAACUCUGGCUUGAAGGCUCAAGCGCGCACACACACACACAAAUGGGUAUCUUCAGUGGAACGCCUCCUCCAAGCUGCCCCUCGUCUCCACGUUGCGCACAAUGGGCCCAAACCUACCUGAAGUACUGUCUGUGCAGCACGAAGGAUGGUGUUGCCUUGGGUCUUGGACUGGCUAGUGUCAUCAGCUGGGGUGUCGCCGAGGUGCCGCAGAUCAUAACAAAUUACAAACAGAAGUCAACAGAAGGGCUUUCUAUUGCCUUCCUAAUGACCUGGAUAGUUGGGGAUUUGUUUAACCUUGCUGGCUGCUUCCUCGAACCUGCUACUCUGCCGACACAGUUCUACAUGGCAUUGCUAUAUACCAUCACAACUGUAAUUCUCACUGGACAGACACUAUACUAUAGCCACAUCUACCACCAUGUGAAGGCAACCAAAACCAGGGCAACUGGCAAGCCUCAGAAGCAUCUACGUAGGGAUGCUUCAUUGCGUGACAAGCUUCUGGGACAUAGGGAUGAUGAGGCACCCAGAAACAACAGUCAAUCAGGUGUAACUAUUCCUAUUCCAAGCUCACCAAUCCAGGUGAGCACAGAGGUAUUCCGGCAGCGUCAUGGUUCAAUCAGCCCCAGCUCAGACUACUACUAUGUGUCAGCAAGAUCUCUAUCAAGGAGCCCAGUUCCGAUUGGAGGUGCAUGGCUGGGCAACAAUCGACAGACAACAAAAACUCCCCAAACGAAUGACCAAAAUGAAUCUUUAGUGGGUGAGUUUGCUCCAGCACAAUCUGCACCAGCUACUAUAACAAAAAAUUCCCUCUCAGUGGUACCAUGGAUUUCUGUUCUCUUGGGUAUGUGUGUCUUGCAUAUUUUGGUUGGAACUGCACACAAGGAGGUUUCCAAUGGAAUUAUCAUACCUGUUGGAAGGAAGCUCUUGGCUUUAGCGGAUGAUCAUGCAGAUUCAUCCCUCAGGCAUGGCAGUGGAAGUGAAAUUGGGAGCUUUCUUGGUUGGGCCAUGGCAAUAAUCUAUAUGGGCGGACGACUUCCCCAGAUUUUCUUGAAUAUGCAAAGAGGCCAUGCUGAGGGGCUCAGUCCACUAAUGUUUACCUUUGCUUUAGUGGGAAAUUCAACAUAUGUAGGGAGUAUACUUGUGAAUAGUAUGGACUGGUCAAGACUUAGACCAAAUCUCCCGUGGCUUGUGGAUGCUGGAGGAUGUGUUUUGCUCGAUUCUUUCAUUAUUCUUCAGUUCCUUUAUUUCCAUUAUCGGAAGCAAAGCGAGCCUGCUGAACUUGACAAUGUGGAUAAAGCUUAAUGAAUGGCAGAGAGAGAAUAUUAUUUUCUUCUUCGAUGAAAAAGGCUAGCAGUCACCUCCUAUUAUCGUGCUCCCUCGUCUUGAAACUGCAACGGCGCAUUUUUCUUGGAAGGCCAUCUUACCAGGGAGCCCCUCCCUGUGCGCCGCUACAGAGAUGAGGACCACACAUUUUAAUUGGCGUUGGACGGGCAGCAGCACCACAUGGAGGAGGGCUUGUCGCCAUCUUCUGUGCUAGAGAAUACCGGAAUGUGUUGCUUCACACUAUAUCCGUAUAUCAUAUGGUGAAAUUGUCUUUUCAUUCGUGGCAUUUCUAUUUUUUGGUCUUGUGUACAAUCUGUUCUUGUCGUUGUAUGCCGAGGUUUGAGUAUAUGUUGAUUCUUGUCUCGAUCCCGUCUUCCUGGGCUCAUCUUGGCUCUGAAUCUUCUUUUUGGAAGACUGAAAGAUAAAAUGUCCAUGCUCAGUUAUUUGCAGAGCAGGUAUGAAGAGGACAAUGCUA